UCUUCCCCCCACCCCCUCUGUCUCUUCUUUGCAUGUCUGUGUGUCCAAGGGGAGGAAGAAAGAAAGAAAAGAGGGAGGGGAGGAAGGAGAGGGAGCGAGAGAGAGACAGCCUGAUUCUGUGUGCUUAGAGCUGCCACCUCAACAUGGUGUAACCCUCCUUCCUGCAGUGAGUCAACACAAGGCACAGAGGUGGGAAGAGCAAUAAAAGGAAAAAAGGGGGUAACGAGGAGCAGCAGCACCCCCCCUCCAGCGGCAGACAACUCCCUCCAGCCCCCCCAAAUGAGGAGUUUGAGAGCAGCCAGGAGAUCGUGAAGGAAGAUAGGAGCUUGCCCUGCUGUUGUCUGGAUCCGGGGAGGGAGAGGGGUCUGGCCGGACUACUAAGGAGAAGAGGAAGGGGCGACCAUGGCCAACGAUUCGCCUGCAAAAAGUCUGGUGGACAUAGAUCUCUCCUCUCUGAGGGAUCCUGCAGGGAUCUUUGAACUGGUGGAAGUGGUGGGCAAUGGCACUUAUGGACAAGUCUAUAAGGGUCGGCAUGUCAAAACAGGCCAGCUUGCAGCUAUUAAAGUCAUGGAUGUUACGGAGGAUGAAGAAGAGGAAAUAAAACUGGAAAUCAAUAUGCUGAAAAAAUAUUCUCAUCACCGAAACAUUGCUACUUAUUAUGGUGCUUUCAUAAAGAAGAGCCCUCCGGGCCAUGAUGACCAACUUUGGCUUGUGAUGGAGUUCUGUGGUGCUGGCUCGAUUACUGACCUAGUGAAGAAUACAAAGGGGAAUACUCUGAAAGAAGACUGGAUUGCUUAUAUUUCCCGUGAGAUACUUAGGGGCUUGGCGCACCUCCACGCGCAUCACGUGAUUCACAGAGAUAUCAAAGGGCAGAACGUUCUGCUGACUGAGAACGCAGAGGUGAAGCUUGUGGAUUUCGGGGUCAGCGCACAGCUGGACAGAACUGUGGGGAGGAGGAAUACAUUUAUUGGUACUCCUUACUGGAUGGCUCCUGAGGUUAUUGCCUGCGACGAAAACCCAGAUGCUACUUACGAUUACAGAAGUGACCUUUGGUCUUGUGGCAUUACAGCUAUUGAGAUGGCAGAAGGUGCUCCUCCUCUUUGUGACAUGCAUCCUAUGAGAGCUUUGUUCCUUAUUCCGAGAAAUCCACCCCCUCGGCUGAAAUCUAAGAAAUGGUCAAAAAAGUUUUUCAGUUUUAUAGAAGGCUGCCUUGUGAAAAAUUACAUGCAGCGUCCUCCAACUGAGCAACUACUUAAGCACCCUUUUAUAAGGGACCAGCCAAAUGAGCGGCAAGUGAGAAUCCAGCUCAAAGAUCAUAUCGACAGGACCAGGAAGAAGAGGGGAGAGAAAGAUGAAACAGAAUAUGAAUACAGUGGAAGUGAAGAGGAAGAAGAGGAAGUGCCUGAACAGGAAGGAGAGCCAAGCUCCAUUGUCAACGUGCCUGGGGAAUCCACACUUAGACGUGAUUUCCUGAGACUCCAGCAGGAGAACAAGGAGCGCUCUGAAGCCUUGCGGAGACAGCAGCUGUUGCAGGAGCAACAGCUCAGAGAGCAGGAGGAAUACAAGAGACAGCUCUUGGCAGAGAGACAGAAGCGUAUAGAACAGCAGAAAGAGCAAAGGAGGCGACUUGAAGAGCAACAAAGAAGAGAACGUGAGGCUCGAAGGCAGCAGGAACGGGAACAAAGAAGGAGAGAGCAGGAAGAGAAAAAGAGAAUGGAAGAGAUGGAAAGACGACGAAAAGAAGAGGAAGAAAGACGAAGAGGAGAAGAAGAGAAAAGACGAGUAGAAAGAGAACAGGAAUAUAUACGGCGACAGCUGGAAGAGGAGCAGAGGCACUUGGAAAUCCUUCAGCAGCAGCUGCUACAGGAGCAGGCCAUGUUACUGGAAUACAGGUGGAGGGAAAUGGAAGAGCAUCGCCAAGCAGAAAGGCUUCAGCGCCAACUGCAACAGGAGCAGGCGUAUCUCAUGUCUCUCCAGCAUGAUCAUCGCCAGCAACCACCACAGCAGCAACUGCAGCAGCCGCAACCCCAGCAGCCUCCGCUACAGCAACAGGAAAGGAGCAAGCUGCCUUACCAUGGUCCCGAGUCUAAAGCUUACUAUGACCAGGCUGAACGAGUUCGAGAAGCAGAAGAGCGUCAUAGGAAAGCUAUCCAGGGUUCUCCUGAAGCACAGUCUAAACCAACAGGGAGAGUUUUAGAACCACCAGUGCCUUCAAGAUCGGAGUCAUUUUCCAAUGGAAAUUCUGAGUCUGUUCAGAGUGGCAUGCACAGGCCAGUGGAACCUCAGGUACAAUGGUCUCAUCUGGCAUCCCUCAAGAACAAUGUUUCCCCUGUCUCGCGUUCCCAUUCCUUCAGUGACCCUUCUCCCAAAUUUGCACCUCACCACCUUCGAUCUCAGGACCCACACCCACCUUCACGCAGUGAAGUCCUAACUCAGAGCUCUGACCCUAAGUCUGAGGUACCUGAGCCCAACCAAAGGGCAUGGGCUCGAUCAGACAGUGAAGAGGUGCCUCCAAGGGUCCCUGUAAGGACAACGUCAAGAUCCCCUGUGUUAUCCCGUAGAGACUCCCCGCUGCAGGGCAGUGGCCAGCAGAACAGCCAAGCUGGACAAAGGAACUCCACAAGCAAUAUUGAGCCUAGACUGCUUUGGGAAAGGGUAGAGAAGCUGGUGCCCAGACCAGGUAGUGGCAGUUCUUCUGGAUCAAGUAACUCUGGGUCUCAGGCAGGGUCUCAUCCCGGCUCUCAGAGUGGAUCCGGGGAGCGUUUCCGCAUGAGAUCUUCAUCUAAGUCAGAAGGGUCCCCGUCUCAGCGUCAAGAAAAUGCAGCCAAAAAGCCUGAAGAGAAGAAGGAAACCCUGAGAUCUAACAAGCCUGCGGGAGAGGUGGACCUAACUGCUUUGGCAAAGGAGCUUCGUGCUGUGGAGGAUGUGCGGCCUCUGCAUAAAGUAACAGAUUACUCGUCAUCUAGUGAAGAGUCUGGCACUACUGAUGAGGAAGAUGAUGACAUGGAACAGGAAGGAGCAGAUGAGUCCACAUCUGGACCUGAGGAUGCUAGAGCCAUGUCAUCUUUGAAUUUGAGCAAUGGAGAGACAGAGUCGGUGAAAACCAUGAUUGUCCACGAUGAUGUGGAGAGUGAACCUGCCAUGACUCCUUCCAAAGAAGGCACUUUAAUCGUCAGACAGAGUACAGUUGACAAAAAGCGUGCCAAUCAACUUGAGAGCAAUGGCUUUGCCGGUCGCAUUCACCUCUUGCCAGAUCUCUUACAGCAAAGCCAUUCCUCCUCCACCACUUCUUCCCCAACCUCAAGUCAACCGACACCUACCAUGUCCCCACAGACACCCCAGGACAAGUUAACUGCUAAUGAGACCCAAUCCGCAAGUAACACACUUCAGAAACACAAAUCUUCCUCCUCGUUUACGCCUUUCAUAGACCCUCGGUUAUUGCAGAUUUCACCGUCUAGUGGUACAACUGUUACCUCAGUGGUGGGAUUUUCCAGUGAAGGGCUGAGGCCAGAUGCUAUGAGGCAAGAUCCUACCAGGAAAGGAUCAGUUGUUAAUGUUAAUCCCACAAAUACAAGGCCACAGAGUGACACACCUGAGAUACGCAAAUACAAGAAGAGAUUUAAUUCUGAGAUUUUAUGUGCAGCUUUGUGGGGAGUUAAUUUGUUAGUGGGCACUGAAAGUGGACUAAUGUUGUUGGAUCGAAGUGGCCAGGGAAAAGUGUACCCUCUAAUCAACAGAAGACGAUUUCAGCAAAUGGAUGUGCUAGAAGGCCUUAAUGUACUGGUUACAAUAUCAGGAAAAAAGAACAAACUCCGAGUAUAUUAUUUAUCCUGGUUGAGAAAUAAAAUUCUUCACAAUGACCCGGAAGUUGAGAAGAAACAAGGAUGGACAACUGUGGGUGAUUUGGAAGGCUGUGUGCACUACAAAGUUGUAAAAUAUGAACGCAUCAAGUUUUUGGUUAUUGCUUUAAAGAGUUCAGUGGAAGUCUAUGCUUGGGCACCAAAGCCAUAUCACAAAUUCAUGGCCUUUAAGUCUUUUGGAGACUUGGUACAUAGGCCACUGCUGGUAGACCUGACUGUAGAAGAAGGACAGAGGCUCAAAGUAAUCUAUGGAUCAUGCGCAGGAUUCCAUGCUGUAGAUGUGGACUCGGGAGCUGUCUACGAUAUAUAUCUACCAACUCAUAUCCAAAGCAGCAUUCAGCCACAUGCAAUCAUUAUUCUCCCAAAUACCGAAGGGAUGGAACUGCUGGUUUGCUAUGAAGAUGAAGGAGUUUAUGUCAAUACCUAUGGCAGAAUCACAAAAGAUGUGGUUCUACAGUGGGGAGAAAUGCCUACAUCAGUUGCAUAUAUUCGAUCUAACCAGAUAAUGGGAUGGGGCGAAAAAGCAAUUGAGAUACGAUCUGUAGAAACUGGCCAUUUGGAUGGAGUAUUUAUGCACAAACGGGCACAGCGGCUCAAGUUCUUGUGCGAGCGGAAUGAUAAGGUCUUCUUUGCUUCUGUGCGAUCUGGUGGAAGCAGCCAAGUGUAUUUUAUGACCUUGGGCAGGAGUUCUCUGCUGAGCUGGUAGAAAGAGCAUGAAAGGAAUGGCUGAUACCUCCCCUACAUUCUUCAUAAUCUCCGUAACUUGAAAUCAUCUACAACUGGAGUACAAACCCGCGCACUGAUGUUUUUCUAUUUGAAAGAUUUGUUAAGAGAUGGAGUUUGCAUUAAUUUAGUAAAAUGUUAUGUACCUAAUUUAGGGGAGAUGAUUACAGGAUCUUUAUGCAGCUUGCAAGGCAGCUAGUGCUGUACUGUAUUGCCUUUUGUUGGGUGCUAAUACAUCUAAGAUUUGAAAUUUAACAACACAACAAACAAACAAAAAAAAAAACCAGCAGGGUUUUACGAAUGCUGAUGCUUCCUGUUUAAAAUUUAAAAGCAGAUUUGUCAAAUGAGAAAUAGAAAAGCAUAUCCCAGUAAAAGCACCUUGUGCAAUGAAAUUGGUUUAACACAAGAGGGCAGACCAGGAGAACUAUAGCCAGCUUUAACAAUGCACAGCCUGGCAAUUUUUUUCUAAUUCUUUGAUUUAUUUAAUUUAGGUUUUUCCCUUUUUUUUUUUUUUUUUU